CGUUCUUCCAGGCUGUAGCCCAGAAUGAGAGAGUGGUGGAUUCAAGUGGGUCUGCUGAUGGUCCCCCUGGUUGCCGUUUACCUGCACAUCCCACCUCCCAAGCUGUCUCCGGCGCUGCGUGCGUGGCGGUCUUCGGGGAGUUUCUUCACCUACAAAACCCAGAACAUCUUUUUCAGAGACUCCCCUGGGGCUGUUGGGAGUUCAGACAUCGUGGUUCUCCUGCACGGCUUUCCGACCUCGAGUUACGACUGGUACAAGAUUUGGGAAGGGCUCACCCAGCGAUUUCACCGGGUGAUUGCGCUGGACUUCAUCGGGUUUGGCUUCAGUGACAAGCCACGGCCUCAUCAGUACUCCAUCUUUGAACAAGCCAGCAUCGUGGAAGGGCUGUUGCGCCACUUGGGCCUUCUCAAUCAACGAAUCAACCUCCUUUCACAUGACUAUGGAGACACCGUCGCGCAAGAACUGCUCUACAGGUACGAACACAAUGAAACCGGAUGCGUCCUCAUCAAUAGUCUGUGUCUGUCAAAUGGAGGUAUUUUUCCAGAAACCCAUUAUCCCAGAUUCAUCCAGAAGAUUCUCAAAGAUGGCGGUCUGCUAUCACCCAUUAUUACUCGGCUAACAAACUAUUUCUUCUUCGCCAAAGGCCUCGCGGCAGUCUUUGGCCCAUACACCCAGCCUUCGGAGGCAGAAUACUGGGACAUGUGGACGGUCAUGCGAACAAAUGAUGGAAACCUCGUGGUGGACAGCCUUUUACAGUACAUCAACCAGCGGAUGCAGCACCGAGAACGUUGGGUGGGCGCUCUUAAAUCAACCUCGGUCCCCUUGCAUCUGAUUUAUGGACCGCUGGAUCCUGUGAAUCCUUACCCAGAAUUUCUUCAGCUUUACAAGCAGGUGCUUCCAAUGUCCACAGUGACUGUGCUGGACGAUCACAUCAGCCACUACCCGCAGCUGGAGGACCCCCAGGGUUUUUUGAAUGCCUACUUAAACUUCAUCAACUCUUUCUGAGCCACAAGCAAGAUGGAUGGAAGACCGCCCCUUUGUUCCUGAGAAGUUUUUGUACUCUGGAGCAGUAGGCUGAGCGUGGGAACUGCUGACAAAAACUGUGGACGGCAACGAACCAAACCUUGUGGCAAUUCUUGGUUUGGCAAGUAAACUUACAGGAUCUAACAAAAGGACCAAUGGUGGUGGUGGUGAUGGUGGCGGCACCUGAGGGAGCUUGCAGGGAGCUCCCCCUCUGGAGGAUGCAGUGAUAGGAGGACAAUAUGAAUAGGCAAGAGAGCAAUGAGAAUAGCCCUGCUGGAUCGGGCUGAGACUCAUUUAACCAACGUUCUGUCUUGCCUGGAGCCCAGCAGAUGCAUCUGGGAAGACCACAAAUAGGAGAUCAACGCAGGCCUCCUCUCCCUUUGUUGCUCCUGUGUACCUAGCUUGCAGAGGUGGACUGACUCAAUAUAGGUAGUCCUCGACUUACGACCACAAUUAGGACCAGAACUUCAGUUGCUAAGCAAUGUGGUUAAGUGAAGCAUCAUGGGGUUUUACGACCUUUUUGCCAUGGUUGUUAAGCAAAUCAUGUCAUUAAGUGAAUCUGACUUCCCCCAUUGAUUUGUUGGAAGCUGGCUGGGAAGGUUGCAAAUGGCAAUCACAUGACCCCAGGAUGCUGCAACCAUCGAAAAUACAUGCUGGUUGCCAAGCGCCCAAAUUUUGAUGAUGUAACUGUGGGGAUGCUGCGACGGUAAGCGCGAGGACCAGUCACAAGUAACUUUUUUCAGCAUCAUUGUAACUUGGGUCACUAAACGAAUGGUCGUAAGUUGAGGACUACUUGUAUCUGGAGGCAGCCCCCAUCAUCAAAGCUAGUAGCCAUUGAUGGGCCUGCCUCUAGGGAUUGGUCUAGUCCCCCUUUCAACUAUCUAAACUAGUGGCCACCGCAUCUUGUGGGCCAUUCUCCUUGAGCUCUUCUAAAUGCUGGUCUUGCUUCUCACGUAAGAGCCCCGAGGCUAGAUCAGACCAAAGGCCCACCAAGCAUAGCAUUCUGCACCUCGUGAUGGUCCAACAGAUGCAUCCUGGAAGCUCACAAGAUGGACGGGGGGCAGUCGCUCUCCUUCCCCGCCCCUUCUCAGCAGCUGAUCUUCCAGGUAGGUCUUGUCCAUGGGGGUAAUCUGUGGCCUUCAAGAGACAGCACUCUUGAUAGCUUCCUCCUCUGUAAGUUUGGCUAGUCUCCUUUUCAGUCCAUUUAAACUGUAAAUUUCAGAGUGCAACUAUGCAUUAUAUAAAGACAUUUU